CCCGAUGUGCCCCCGCCUGUGGCUGUCUUGGGACCGGCUCUCUCGGGACGCACGGAAACGGACUGCUCUGCAUUUGGCCUGCACCAACGGCCAUAUAGAAGUCGUGAAGCUCCUGAUAGAGCAGCAUUGUCAUAUCGAUGCCAUUGACAAUGUGAACAUGACACCGCUGAUGAAGGCCACUCAAUAUAACCAUGAGGAAUGUGCUGCGAUCCUACUACAUCACGGUGCUGACCCAAACCAUAUGGAUGAGAAUGGCAACACUGCCCUUCAUUAUGCUGCCUGUAAUGAGAACCUAAAAAUAGGCAAACAACUGCUUCUGCACAAUGCAGAUAUUGAAAGAAUAAAUAAGGAUGGCUUCACACCACUUUUAAUUGCUGUCCAUGAAAAUAGAGAGAAGAUGGUGGAAUUUUUAAUUGUGAACAAAGCAGAUAUUUAUGCAGUGGAUAACAUGAAUAGGAAACAUCACCAGCUUAUUUUGGAUUAUAAAGAAAAACAAAGCUAUGAAAUGCUUAAAAAGAGAGAUCCAGGAGGUGAAAGUCCUGAACUCAAUACAAGAAGGUUUUGGAACAAACUUGAUGUUGCUGACGUAUUGACUGUUUUGGAUGCACAAGACUUCAGUUUAAAUACCAUGGAAGGACCAUCGACUUCAGCUGGUGUACAUAAUGAAGAUGGUAUUGCUGGCUUUCACAGUGCUCAAAAAGAACAAAGAGAUAAAGGCAGAAUAAAUUCUGUUCAUGGCUUGCACAAAAAUCAUCCAGAUGAUAUGAAAAUCUUAGGAGCUGAAGAUGAAGUUCUAGAAUCAACUUUGGAUCCUGAGAAACACACUUCCUUGUCAGCUACUGGUGAGAGUGAAGAUUUUGCUAUCAUUGAAAGUGCUCAGAGUCAGAAAACCAGUCAAGAGGAAUCAAAUUUCCAUUAUGUGUCUGCCAGCAAUACUAGUGAUAUGGUGUCUCCCAUUGAAUCUGAUUUUCAAGAUGUAUCUUGGGAUUCUCAGAAAAGCUUCUCUCCAUCACCAAAUGAAAAAGUUAUUACUGUCAUUCCAUGUGCUGCAAGAGAAGAAACAAAUGAAAACUCAUUAACUGAUAUUUCUGGAGUCCAUAAAGAAAAUACAAGUGGAGAAGAACAUAAAGCUAUAAAAUCUACUUUGGAAUCUGAGGUUGAUAUUUCAGAAGAGGAAUUAGGAGAGAAGGCUGAAAACGAAAUUGAACAAGCAGCAAAAGAAUCUCAAGAUGCAGAUCUUACACCUGAGAAAAAAUCUUUGGAAUCAGAAGCUCAAAUGCGAAAAGGAAAACAAAGAAUAAUUAGACUGAAUAGACAAAAGGCACUUCUUCUUGAAGCCCAGGAAAAAGGAAUCUUAAUUGAAAACCUAUUGCCUGAGGAGAUUGCUUCGUUAUCAAGAAGUGACUCUCAAACUAAGCAGCCUGAAGCUACUAAAAAGGAGAGUCUCAAAAGCGUUGAUAAGAGAAGAUUACUAUCACCCAUAGUCAAGAAGUCGUGUGAUUAUCAUGGAAUUAAGAAUUAUACAAGCAUGGAACCAGAAUCAGAGCAAGUCAUUUCUUCUCCAGUGCAUAAUGCCAUAGAAGCAACACCAAAAGAGAAGGAAAAACUUGAUGGAAGUGAAAACAACCAGCUGCAGGUAGGUGUGAAACACCUUGGAAAACAAAUUGACAAAACUCAGAAAAGAGAGUCUACCUCGGAGACUUCGCUGGGAUGUAUAUCACAUGAAAUAAAUGAUUUGAAGAAUAAAUUAGGUGAAAUGCAAAGACAGUUCCAAGAAGCAGAAGCACGACACCAGGAAUUUGAAAACAGUGUUGAAAAGUCAAAAGAACAUCUGACAAUCUGCAAUUCAAAGCUUGAAUGUGAAAAUUCCAAGUUGAAGGAAAUAAUCAAAAAACAAGAGGGCACAAUUGAACAUCUUCAGGAAAAUCUCACAAGACUAAUUUUAUUGCAAGAAGCAGAGGCACGAAAGCAAGAAGCUUUAAACAGCUGUGAAAAGUCCAAAGAAUACCUGGAAACCUACAAUUCAAAGUACCAUGCAAAAUAA